AUGCUGAUCUCGGACCUGGAGACCAGCCUGACAUACCCAGAGCUGUGUGAGGAGGUGAGGGACAUCUGCAGCCUGCACCAGCACCAGCCCAUCACACUCAAAUGGAUCGACGACGAAGGCGACCCGUGUACCAUCUCGUCCCAGAUGGAGCUGGAAGAGGCCUUUCGCCUCCACACACGCAGCAAGAAGUCUGGACUCCUCCUCCACGUCUUCCCCAGUAUACCAGAGAAGCCAGGCAUGCCUUGCCCAGGAGAGGACAAAUCUAUUUAUCGGCGCGGGGCCAGAAGAUGGCGCAAGCUCUACCGCGUCAACGGACAUCUCUUCCAGGCCAAGCGCUUUAACAGGAAAGCGUACUGUGGCCACUGCAGCGACAGGAUAUGGGGCCUGGGCAGGCAGGGCUACAAGUGUAUCAACUGCAAACUGCUGGUUCAUAAGCGCUGUCACAAACUCGUCCCUCUGAGCUGUCAAAGGCAUAUGGAUCCAGUCAUGCCCUCGCAGGACCCCGUGGCUGACGAGCAGAGUGAGGAAGUGGGGCGCCCCCCGGAGGACUCGGACGACACUGACGGAAUCUUUCUGCCUCACAGUCGAUCAGUGGACCAGACAGAGGUCGACUCAGAGGAGCUGAAGGCGGUGGUAGACGGCAUAGACGGCGUGAAGAUCUCGGACGGCGGCGGGCUGGGCCUGGGGGACUUUGAGCUGAUCCGGGUGAUCGGCCGCGGCUCCUACGCCAAGGUGCUGCUGGUGCGCCUCAAGAAGAACCACCAGAUCUACGCCAUGAAGGUGGUCAAGAAGGAGCUCGUACACGACGACGAGGAUAUAGAUUGGGUGCAGACGGAGAAGCAUGUCUUCAAGGAGGCGUCCACCAACCCCUUCCUGGUGGGCCUGCACUCCUGCUUCCAGACCGAGAGCCGAUUAUUUCUGGUGAUCGAGUAUGUGAACGGAGGAGACCUCAUGUUCCACAUGCAGAGACAGAGGAAGCUACCGGAAGAACAUGCAAGGUUCUAUGCUGCUGAGAUCUGCAUUGCCCUGAACUUCCUGCAUGAAAAGGGCAUCAUCUACAGGGACCUGAAACUGGACAACGUGCUGCUGGACCACGAGGGACACAUCAAGAUCACCGACUACGGCAUGUGCAAGGAGGGGAUCCGACCGGGAGAUACCACAAGCACCUUCUGCGGAACGCCCAACUACAUCGCCCCAGAGAUCCUGAGAGGAGAGGACUAUGGCUUCAGUGUAGACUGGUGGGCUCUAGGUGUCCUGAUGUUUGAGAUGAUGGCGGGCAGAUCUCCCUUCGACAUCAUCACCGACAACCCAGACAUGAACACGGAGGAGUACCUCUUCCAAGUAAUUCUGGAGAAGCCUAUUCGAAUCCCAAGGUCCUUGUCAGUGAAGGCUGCCAGCGUUCUGAAGGGCUUUUUAAAUAAGGACCCUAAGGAGAGGCUGGGAUGCCAGGUUCAGACGGGCUUCACCGAUAUCAAGUCUCACACGUUUUUCCGCACCAUAGACUGGGAGCAGCUGGAGAAGAAGGAGGCGACGCCGCCCUUUAAGCCUCAGAUCACAGACGACUACGGCCUGGAAAACUUCGACACGCAGUUUACCAACGAGCCGGUGCAGCUCACGCCCGACGACCAGGAUGUGAUCAAGCGAAUAGACCAGUCGGAGUUCGAGGGAUUCGAGUACAUCAACCCACUGCUGCUGUCCACUGAGGACACUGUAUGAAGAGGACUGACUCUCUCCUC